CGCGCAUGAAAAGUACUUCCGGGUCAGUUGUCUUUUCGCGUGUAGUUGGGUUGCUAAAUUGUACCAUGCGUAAUUAACUAAUAACUAACUACGACUGUACUAUGAGUACUCAGAGGGGUAACGCGUCUCGUUCGCGAGGCCAAAAGUACCAGAACACCGUCGCCUUCAAGAAUGACAAAUACGGAGCGAGUGUGCAAGUCAAGAAGGCGAACUCCAAAAUCCACGAUGGACUAUGUCAACACUGCAAGGGUGUUCUCGAGUGGAAAGUCAAGUACAACAAAUAUAAAUCUCUAACACAGCCUCGGAAAUGCGUCAAAUGUUCUCAGAAGACUGUGAAGGAUGCUUAUCAUGUCAUUUGUAAGCCCUGUUCUCUUCAGCUGGAAAUAUGCUGCAAGUGCGGGGAAAAAGAGGACAUUGUCAUCCCAGUCAACUCUCAUCUGGACCAAAAAGAAGAGGACAAUGGUAGCAAAGAAAAAGGCAAAAAGUGUAAAAAGGACAUGGACAAUGAUGAUGACUUUGAUGGUGAUGAUGAUGAAGACUUCAGUGACCCUGAGGAUGAAGAUGAAGUUAGUCAAUCAGUCACAAAGAUGACACCGUGCAAGUCUCCUCCGCUUCCAGAUGUGUCUCGAGUGAAACUCACAUAGUAAAUGAUUGCACAAGUGGAGUGUCCUGUCAUCUCAUUUGUUGAUAAUCAAAUGUAGCUUACUUCAAGUCGUCUUACCACAGCCGGUUUGCGCAACACACCGGUUCUCAUUUUUCUCGCUAUCGUUUGCAUUUCUGAUGCUUUGGCGUGCCAAGGAUCCAGUGCAAUAGCAUCAGAUGUCACCCUCACACGUCUUUGCAUUUGAACUUGGGUUGACUGGCAUCGAGCAUGUUCUAACUCAAGGGUCAUCGACCUUUUUGAAACUGAGAGCAACUACUUUGGAACUCAUUCAUGCACUCUUUGUGUUAUUUCAAUGACGCCGCAAUGUAGAGAACAGUUUAAUAUCAAUCUGCAACAUUUUAGAGCCAUAUUGGUGACUAAUGUGGUAAUAUUUGAACACAUUGGCAAAAUUAUAUAACAUGUCCCUAAUCCACUCACCCAACACUGUGACCAAGAUAUCCUUUUCCGCAUUUUUGCACUUGAUAAAGAAAUAACAGUCCAGCUGCAAAAGUCACACAAAAAGUCACCCUGACAAAACAUAUCGCAUUACAAUUUACUUAUCAACUCAAUAAACAUGAAAGUAAAAGUUUCAAAUUAUUUAUUUUGGUCAUUUGUCACAAAGACCUGCCAUGCCAUCAGGGUGUGUAGACUUUUUUUUUUUUUUUUUUUUUAAAUAAUCGUGAUAUGUUUUUCUUUUCAGGGAGGCCCCAUUAUUACUCAACUUUAUUCAUAUCCUCCUUUUAUCGGGAAGUUGGCACGUAUCAAUGUCAUUUCAUAUACUUCAGAGUGGUAGCUAUGAGAACUAACUCAAAGCAACCUGGAAAUUGAGGAAAUUAUAGUUUAGUGGCACCGGACCAAUGAGGAAGCAGUGAUAGCCUGAGGUAAACUCUUCACGCAAGAGCCGCACGACUGACUCAAAGCCGCAGUACGCUGCAAGUGUGCGCGAGUUCGUAUUACUGCUCUGAAAUUGUGAUGGCGAACGGAGCUUGUGCGCGGAUGCGCGUCUUCAGGGGCACUUUGAUCCAUGCAACCCCGGUGGAAGCGGUGAAGAUUCUGGAAGAUGCACUACUUGGUGUUCAAGCUGAUGGAAAGAUCGCCUUUAUCGGAGAAGGCAAGGAGCUGCAUCGACUCUCGAAAGAAUUUGCAUUUAGUCCAUCGUCAGUAACUCACCUGGAAAAACAUGAAUUCUUCAUGCCCGGAAUGGUGGACACCCACAUCCACGCCCCUCAAUACAGCUACGCUGGCACGGCCCUGGACAUGCCCUUGCUUGACUGGCUCAACAAGUAUACCUUUCCUGUGGAAUCACGCUUUAAAGAUAAGAGUUUCGCACGGGAGGUCUACACUCAAGUCGUG